AUGCAUAUCCUGACUCAUGAACCCAUCAAAAUAGUAAGACUGCUAUCACCACAACCAUUUGCGAUACCAUACAUCACCCGAGCCCUGGACUCAAUAGACUGGACUCUGGAAACAGCCAUGGACAGUACGAUGCAGGAUCCGAACAUAGCCAACGGCCACAUCGAAGCCAAACCAGAUAUUUCCACACCUGUCGAACCUAAGGUCAAUGGCAACGCCACUACACAAAUUCCCCAAGAAGCCGACCAACAAAAGCCAAAACGAUCGCCUCGAAAACCAAACAAGAAAAACCGCAACUUCACUCAACUCCAUGCCAAACCCUUACCAUUAGAAAUCUACCCCCUCCCCGCCUUCAACCCCUCAAACCCCCUCUCCCUCUUAAGACUAUGCUACACAUACCUCUCCCACCUUCUCUUACCCCCAUCCUCUCAUCCCCAAUGCCCUUACAUCGGCCACUUCAGCCCCGAGACCAGAUCCAUCCACGUCACAAACCCCGCCCACGUCCGUGCACUCUGGGAAAUGGGCUUCUUCGGCAAGGGAUCGCUUUCGCGCUCUGAACCCAGUUGGCUGGAGCGGGAAAAGGAGAUUCAGAGGGCGAAGAGGGAAGGGGUGAAAAGUGGGGUUAGGGCGGCGGAGGAGGUUACCAGGGCGCGGAGGGAGGAGAGGAAGUUGUUUAAGUUGGAGAGGGCGAGGGUGGAGAGGGAGAAGGUUGAACGGCAGAGGGCUGUUGAGGAGGGGAGGGAGGUGGAGGUGGAGGAGGGCGAUGUGGUUCGGAGUGAUGGUGGGAAGGGCGGUGAGAAGGCUUCAGCUGAGCAUGAUGGGACCGGGACGUUAACGCCACCUGCGUCUAUUCAUGAGGCGGUGGAUUCUGAGCCUUUGCAAACUGAGAGGGCAUCAGAUGCUGAGCUACUGGGCUCAACUACUACGCACGGAGAUCAGACGCCUCUACUUGAUGAAUUCCCAGGUCGGGCGAAGGACUCAACAAUACCGGAUCGGCCACCAAUGGUAGAUGCGGAACAAGAUGACUUGCAGCAGAUCCAAAACCAAGAACACCUCCAACUCAUGCUCGAAGAAGCCUUCUUCCUGUCGUACGCCCUCGGGGUCCUCGAAAUAACCCUACCCGACCAGCCUUCUAUCCCAAUAUCCAAAACUCGACGGUCCUCUCUCGGCCUUCUGGACCUCUUCGCAAAACAUUCGACCUUCCCAUCCUCGAAUCAAGCCCCAGGCUCUCCAACUGGUCUCAACCCAACGAUAGCGAUAAAUUCACACCCCCUACACGCCCGCGCAGUAAGCCACAAUAUCGCCACCGCGCCACUGGUCCACGACCCGACACUCACAUCCCUCAAAGUCCCUUUCGACGCCUCGCCGUUAACUACGCAGCCAGAACCACCUCUCAAAGUUCCGGCCCCGGACAACAAAUUCCUCCUCAACUACGUCGUAUACCACCACUUCCGCACCCUAGGCUGGUGCGUGCGCCCCGGAGUGAAAUUCGGCUGCGACUACCUCCUCUACAACCGCGGCCCGGUAUUCUCACACGCCGAAUUCGCCGUGGUAAUUAUGCCAUCUUAUACAGCAGGGUACUGGAGCACGCCUGCUGGCCAGAUGGCGAGGAGAUUGAAGGGGGAGAAGGAUUGGUGGUGGUUGCAUUGUGUGAAUCGGGUGCAGAGUGCUGUGCAUAAGACGUUGGUGUUGUGUUAUGUUGAUGUUCCUGCGCCUCCUAAGAUGGACGAGGUUGCUCGGGGUGGAGGUGGUGGUGGGGACGGUGCAGAAGAUGAUGUGGACGUGGGAUGCUUUUUGGCGAGGUAUAAGAUUCGGGAAUUUGUUGUUAAGCGGUGGUUGGUCAAUCGGAGUCGUGACUGA